AUGUCCUGGCAACACGCUUUUUCUUCGGUAUUCCAGGGUCUGGUGUCGUCCGGGCCUAUAUCAUUGCCAACGCUCUCGCCUCUACAGCCAGUGUCAUCCUUCAUCGCCGCAGGGAUCGGGCACCUGAACGGUCGUAAUGAACUGGACUCCUGGCAAUGGGUCUUCAUCAUCGAAGGGAUCUUACCCAUCGCUAUGGCGCCUAUCAUAUUCCUCCUCCUCUUGACAUUCCCCGAGACGUCCACGGCGCUGUCAGAGCGAGAGCGGUACAUCGCCAUCAACCGAUUCGGCAGAGGCGCGGCGAGAAAGACCGAUGUCAGCUGGAGCUGGCCUGCGUUCCGUCGCAUCUUUAAGCGACCGUCAACCUACGUCUUCUUCGUCUCGUACGUGGCGCUCUACAUGGUCGCCGUCGCCUAA